AUGAACCAAGAAAAAGAUGAAAAAAUCCUGAAAUCGCUGAUAUACAGCGAACUCUACAAAAAUUACUACUAUCUUAUCUCGUAUAAUGAAACAACCAAGAAGGCAGUUAUCAAAAUCGGUAAAAUCACGAACAAAGAAAUCAUCGACAACGAAGAAAAAACUCUGUUCAAACUCACGUUAAACAACGCAAUCGAAGAAGCCAAGAAAAGAAUCUGUGAAAAAAUCAUCAAAAAACAUCAAGAUCUUUUCGAUGAAAUUGAGAGUAGAAUCGAUACCUCUUACAAAGAAGAACUCUUUGAAUUUUUAGAUAGUACCAUUGAAGAUUUUGUCACCGAUGAUAUCGAUAAAUUUAUAUUCGCGUCAAUCUUUCGUACAUUUACCAAACAUUACUACUUUCACGUUCCUGUUGGUGAAGAAUACAAUCUGCUUACAAAAGAUGAAAAAAUCUUUUUCAAGAAUUUAUUGAAACAUGUAAUUGAAUAUCAAGAAGAAAAAUUUGAAACUGGAAAAGCAACUAUUUCCGUAAACUCUUUUACAGAAGAAGAAAUAAUCACAAACAAAGAAAAAAAAAUGUUUGAAAAGCUUCUUAAUAAUAUUGUAAACGAUUUUGGAGGAGAAAUUUUAUUACAAAAAUACAUUUACUUACAACAAAUUAAACUUAAAAUUGAUUUAUGUUCAU